AUGUUCUCUCUUCUUGCCGUCACCCGUCGGGUCGGCGUAACCUUCAGUGGAUUGCAGCGGACGUCCACGCAACAUAAUGUCCCCACUGCACUCUCACCGCUGAGUCUUUUUACCCGUGGACGCGGCCAGCUGGCCCCGAAGCAAGUGAAACACCUGAAAAGACACAAGGGACGUAUACCGAUUCCAACCGGAGGCUCGACGAAAGGCACUACGCUGGCGUACGGAGACUGGGGCAUUAGAAUCAAGGGAAACGGUGCCAGACUAAGUGCGAAACAACUCACAACGGCACAGGAAGUCAUCGUCAAGAAGCUGAAGGUUCUGAAGGGUAGCAAGGUGUAUCUGCGGGUGUUCCCUGAUAUUCCGGUUUGCAUAAAGGGGAAUGAGACUCGUAUGGGGAAAGGAAAAGGCACGUUCGAAUUUUGGGCUACUCGCGUACCUACCGGACGCGUCAUUUUCGAAAUUGGUGGUGUGCCCAUCCGUGAAGAGCUUGCACGAGAUGUUCUUCGCCAAGCUGCGGCGAAGCUGCCUACGAAGAUGGAAUUCAUUAACAGAUCCACACAGCCACGCCUUGGGACCAUGCUGAUCGUUCCUCCAAAGCCUGUCCGCCUAGAGCCUCCGCCGAUACCCGAAGGCGUUCACUCCGCUGUUACUGCAACAGCGCCAUAG